AGCACCAGUCAGUGAUCAGAAAAUUCAAAGCAAACGAGUCGUCGUCAUUUUGGUGCUUUCAGCAGUCAGUAAUCUUUGCGGACGGGCUCGAAGAAACAAAAAAAAAGAGUAGAGAAAAAACGUAAAUUUGUUUCCAAAUUUUCACGCUAGUUUUUCCUCUAGUCGUUGAUUCGCGAGUGAUCGUUCCCAGUGUGUCCCCAUUCGGUGUCGGUGUUUUCUUCAUUCGGAAAAAAAAUCGAGUUCCUCCUUCUUCGUCAAUAGAAUAAACAAUGGCCCAGAAAUAGAUCCGGACUAAUUAUUUCUACCGUGAGCUUUUAUGUUUUGUUCGGCUGGAAUUGAUUAUCACGGAAUUUCUAUGUUUGCUUUAUGUUGGUCAUCCAUGAAUUAAAUGCGUUUUAUUGCAACUCUGGGCACAGUUUUCCUGUGACGUGUUUCGUGUAUCUGGAAGUGAAUCGGAAGAAAGAGAAACUUGUGGACUGUCUGGUCUGUUUACUGACGGGCGGAGACGUACGAAAAGUGUGCAGUGCUAAUGAAGCUGGAAAAAAUUGAUGUUUGAAGUUUUCCCAAACUCAUUGGUGCUAGACAGCUAUUUUGGUGAUUUUACCUUGUGUCAAUCGAAAGUCCGGAGCGAUCGCCUAAGGACAGUGAGAGGAGGCACGCGAAAAAAAACUAGACGAUGCUCGCUUAAGGAAAACUUCGACAAAAGCAACAAAGGGGAAAGGAAUAGAAGGGGCUGCAACAAUCCAGUUUUGGUGUGUCAAAUUCCUUUCCCUUGCUCAUCGACGUCUUCGUCAUACAUUGUUCGGUGUCUGGUCGGGCGUGCUGCGCUUUUUGUUCGUUCCAAUGACGGAAUCACUGUUGUGAUAAAAGGUGUGAAUCAUUUUCCGAGUGUGGAGGAAAAAUCACUGUCGUACGAUUGUUUAUUUGAAGUUUUUCUUCACCAUUCGAUUACGGCAAAGUGACACAAAGUCAAAAUCAAAUUAAUUUCCUAGCUCUCAGGAACCAAAACGGCAGGGGUCAGUUAGGAUAGCUAUGAAUACACAAGAAUUUCCUAUUUCAAUCCCUCGAAACUCGCCGAAGCAUGAAUUUCCUAACCAUCAGCCGUCACAGCAUUGCAACAGCAAUAACAACAACAACAGCGCCGACUUAUUCCACUAUCAGCAGCAGCAGAACUAUCCUCCCGGGAGUCCUGGCGAAGGACCACCGCAGUCACCCCAGCAGCAGGAUUUAACCAUCGAUGGCAUUCCGAACAAUUUUACUCAUCGAAGAUCCCGCGCGUCACGAACAUUCAAAAAUCCUCCGCAGCCCCACAUGUGCAUCAAGGAAAAGACCAUCGACGGCAAGGAAGUGUUUAUCAACGUGCUCAGCUGGACCCGGAUUGCCAAUCCGGACAACCCAGAUGCACCGAUUCCGCUGUACGGUGGGAUGAAGGUCGGCAAGAUUCCCCCCGGCAGUCCUCGUGCUCCACCGCUCGUGUACGCAGUGAUGGCCAGUCCCGAGGUGCUCAAGAAAGCAGGGAGAAAGUGCCCGGAUACUCCGGAACGAAUGAAUCUGGUCGAUCUAAUGUGCGAGUUUGUCGAAGCAAUGAAUCCUACCUUGCAUUUAUCACGAAAACCGGAAAUACUAAAGGAUCGCGAUCUCUCGGGUGAGCUGAAAGACGUCUGGAGUGCGGUGCAGGCUUGCCGCGACAAAGGACGAGUCGACAGUGGUCCGCCGGAAAAUCUAGUCGUCUAUACUGAAUUUGGUCCAGACACCGCUCCCUCGUAUGAGCACUCUCAACAGCAACAACAACAAAGACACCAACAGCAACCUCAGAACAUCUAUCAUCAACAGGGUCAACAGCCACGCGACAUUAACGAAGGAUAUCAAGUGCGUCUGCAGCAACUGCAGCCGAAAUUUCCCAUUUCACACGAUCAUCACAACGGAAUGCAACUUCUGCAGAACAAGCAUCAACAAAGUGCAAUUACAAACAGUACCAGCAUUGAAUCGAACUCAGAGAAACCACAGACCACAGACGUAACCGAUUGUUCAAGUAGCAGCGAGCAGCUCAAUACCAAUACCAAUAACAACACCGGCAGCAUAGACGAAUUGACUAAGGAAACCGAAAGUCUGAGGCUCUCUCCUACCGGGGCCAGUGGCUCGAAAUUGAACGGUCUUACACUGCCAACGGGAGGAAGCACGUCACCUCUGAAAGAAAAUCCUCCGGCAGCUUCUCCUAGCACCAAGGAGUGCAACUCCGUGCCAUCCGCUAGCAUUCAGCAACAACAGCAAACUUCACCUACAUCACCUACUUCGUUGAAAGCAACCCCAACUCCGGCACCAGCCAUUAGUCCGACAAAUCCGGUACCGGUUCCCGCUGCCCCAGCAACCCCCCAGAAAGAGUCGAAAAACUCAUCCAGCCAUAAUUUCUUCCCAAAGUUCCGAUCUUCCAAAUCCUCUCACAGCGACAAGUCAUCCUCAUCGUCGUCGUCGUCCAGCACCAACGGUGACAAAUCGACAGGUGACAAGGACAAAGACAAAGAUACAACGAGUGAAACGGCACCGGAUACGCCGGUGAAGACGAGCACCAAGAAAAGUGGCCUCAACUUUUUCCGGCGGAACAAAUCUGACAGCAAGAAGGAACCUUCGACACCAACUAAACAACAGCAACAGCAGCAGCAACAACAGCAACAGCAACCACAACAGACAACUGUCGAUAACAAUAAACUAAAUUUGCUAGUAGACGAUAGUUUACUACAUCAUCACCAUCAUCAUCACCACCAUCAUCACCAUCACCACAUGGUCGAUGGUAGCAACGGGACGGGAGACAUUAUCGAGAACUCAACUACUAUUGUGGCAAAGUGAAUGGUUGGAACGGGCGUGAACAUGUGAUAGAUUGUGCAGAAGAGAUUCCCGGCGGAUUGCUUGCUUCCGCAUUUAUAUUUGUUCUUCUUUCUGUAAGUUCUGAUUGCGGAGGUGAGUACUACAUAUGGUGGGUAUUUGUAAGCGUUCGAAGCGGUUGUUGGAAAAAACGGAUGGGGUCUUGGAUAGGGGUUAUAGUUGCUGCUGUGGCUAAAAAAUUGAGACAACUUGUUGUGUAGAUAAUCGAUUGGAUUCCACUAGGCCAGAGACAAAUGCGAGACGACCUCAAGUUCAGGACAGUAGCCUAAACCCGGAAAAUACCCGGAAUUGAAUCGGCGCGAAUUUUUAUUUUCAACCGGUUUUUUUUUACACGCACCUAGAAAUAAAUACUUCUGUAGUACUCAGAAAGUUAGUAAAACAAAUCAUCUACAAUUUAGUGAAAUUUACAGGAAAUAAGAUCAAAUAACUUUUUUUUUAUUUUUUCUGCCCAUAUCUGGUUAAACAGUAUCACAAUAAUUUACCUAGGAUUUGAGUUUAUGCAGUUUUGUUGGAUUCUUAGUAGAAUGCACCCAGGAUCAAAUAUAAUUGUUGGAACUCAGAAUCUACGUAAAUUAUUCAGUUACUUUUUUACCAGUGCACUUUUUAUCAACUUUCUGAGUACAACAGAAGUAUUUAUUUCUAGGUGCAUCUAUUUUAGCAAAGGUGAAUUGUUAUUGUGGGACCUUUUUUUCUCACUUAAAUGAAACCCAGUCAUCAUUUUCUGGUAAAAAUGUUGUGUAGGUUUAAAUACUUAUACUGAUUUUUGAAAAAAAAAUAACCUGGUAACUCUGCUAUGGGGCUCCUUUUCAAAAAUGUUGCAGUACAAGAAUGGGUAGAACUCAACAUCAUCGUUUAUGUAUCCGGUUUACGAGAAAGGCGAUCAAAGCGAUAUGAACAACUACCGCGGUAUCAAUUCUCUUAGCGCAAUUCUUAAAUUGUUCGAAAAAGUAAUUCUCAUUCUUGAUGAUACUCAACACGGGUUUAUGCCGAAACGUUCAACGGCUACCAACCGCGUAUCUUUUACAUCUUACAUAACAAGCGCUAUGUCAGACGGAUUGCAGACGGACGUUAUCUAUACAGAUAUUUCUUCCGCUUUCGAUAAAUAUGAUAUUUCAAUUGCAAAAUUAAAUCGACUCGGUUUUGGUGCAAACGUCAUUCAAUGGAUACAAUCAUAACUCAGCAAUCGACGUCUUACUAUCAAAAUUAUUAUGAUUGUUGUAUGAUUGAUUAUCCGAAGAAUUUGAUGCAACGUCUGGAAUUCCACAGGGCAGUCAUCUUGGCCCUUUGAUUUUCUUACUGUACUUCAAUGAUGUAAAUCAUUGUCUGGAUGAACCACGAGUUUCUUUCGCUGAUGACCUCAAGAUUUAUCCUACCAUCCGCAGCUCAGAAGAUGCGGCAUUCCUUCAAAGGCAAUUGAAAAUCUUUGCGAGUUGGUUCAAAACCAAUCAUAUGAUAGUGAAUCCCGAAAAGUGCUCACUCAUUACGUCCACAAGGAAAAAGUUACCGUUCAAAUUCGAAUAUUAUCUUGAAGGAUUCAUGAUUAGUAGAUCGACAUGCGUCAAAGGUAUUGGUGUCUUUCUCGAUGAGCAGCUAUCGUUCAAACAUCACAUUAACUAUAUUGAUGCGAAAGCUUCUCGCUGUUUGGGAUUCAUAUUUAGAAUGGCUAAGCACUUCAAUAAUAUUUAUUACCUGAAGACUCUAUACUAUACACUCGUUCGUUCUACUUUGGAAUAUUGCUCAGUAGUCUGGAAUUGGUGAUUGGUCUUGACACACUACAAGUACGACGAGAGCUGUUGCGUGCUUUGAUGAUAGCUGAUAUUUUGAAUGAUAGGAUUGACUGCCCCGCUUUGCUCCGUGAGGUUAAUACCAAAGUUCGUCCCCGUGCUCUCCGUAACAACGCCUUUCUUUGACUACCUCUACGUGGCCCCACUUUGGAAUAAACGGUCCAGAUCCAGCCUCAGUACUCAGUUCCAGAUAUAACAUUCAUUUCGAGAUUCCAGAUUCUGUUCGAGGUAUUUGAAAGUGAGAGUUUUUUUUUUGCCUGUUCACGUCAUCCAGUUAUGUCACUGACAUUAUCCACCCAAGCUUUUCACGUAGAACUACGUCUUUGUUUUCUAUACAGAGGUAAGGACGUUGCCUAAAAAACCUGAUUUAGAUUCACAAUAAAUAUUUCAUAUAUCUGCUUAA